UCUUAUCGCGGUUAUGUAUUUUUAAAUAUCUUUCGUUUGUAAGUAUUAACUAUUAAGUAACAAAUUUUUUAUUAACAAUAAUAUGUUAUAUAUAUUACAAAAUUUACAACACUUAUACUUGGUUUUUCGUUCAUGAACUAUAACACUACGUUAGUGAUGCUACUGUAGUUCCUACAGAAAAUUUUUAAUUUUUUUUGAAACUUAGUGAUAUUAGUAAAAAGUCAUAAACAGUAACUUAAAAUUUGCAUACCUAGUAAUGUAAAUUGCUCAAUUUCUUUCCAUUGAUUCCUAGUUUUAUAAAAACUAUUUCUAUGAUGCCGAAUUUACCUCCCUUUUUUAAUGGUAAGAUUAGUGGUAUUUUAACUUUGUCUAUAUUAGAUAUAUCAUGGUAUAAUAGUAAUGUUAAAAAUACCACCUAUGUACAAUUUGAAUGGACUGGAUGUCAAGAAAAACAAAAACUUCAAAUAUCUAAAUAUUCUAAGAUUACUUAUGAUAUUCGCACUAGCUACAAAUCAUUUUUACACUACCUAUCGACAUGCACAUUAAGAUGUUCAGUUAAAAGUAGUGAACAUAAAACAUUAGCUCACGCAAUUAUGAAGAACUUAUUAAUAGAUCAUGAAAACCAGCUCAUCAAAGCCUUACCACUAAUUAAUAAUGAGAAAAUCGUCGGUACUCUAAAAAUAUGUUUUAAUGUGCAAACAUUCAAUGAUACAUCAUUUGACAAUGACAUAAAUAUUUUAAAACAAUUUGGAAUUUGUGAUGAAGUAUUAAAAACUAAAAAUUAUAAAGAGUCUUAUUAUCCUGAAAUAUUUAAACAUAGAAAAAGUGUAAGAGCAACACCCAUUAGUUCUUCAUCAUUAAGAUCUAAUAAAAGCAAAGAAGAACUAACUAGUGAUUAUUUAAUGGGUAAGAAUAUGGAUUCUGAUGAAGAAGAAGAGGCUCUUAAUACAUUAAAAAUAAUGCCAAAUGGUUCUGCUGAGAGCAUAAUUAGUGCAGCCGAAAAAAUUGGUAUUCAUUCACCACCACAGUCGCCAUUACACAUUCAAGGCUCUACCAAAAUUAUGACCAUCAAAAAUCAUGGCAUUAAAAACAUGAAGAAAUGUGAAAAAUUCAACAAUACUGAAUUAAAAACAAGCUUUGCUAAAAAAUUACAUAAAGUAUCUGUGCCAAAAGACGAUGUACAUUUAUAUUUAUCAAUCCUAUCAGUUAAUGUUUAUCGUACAGUCAAGUCCCUUCAAAACUGUAAGCAUACUAACAGCACAUAUAUUGUACAAUGUCUUAAAGAUCAAGAACCAUAUAAAAUGUUGAGAUUUAUGAGUAAAAAUGUUGACCAUAAUAUUGUAAAAUUUAAAAAUGUCACUCAGUCAUCACGUUUGGAAGGCAGUACUGUUAAAGGUGUCACUAUUAAAGUUUAUGUUCGACUUCUUAGUGAACGCUACCCUAUAGUUUUGGGUGAAACAAAACAAAUGUUAGAUUGGACUGGAUUUUCAACUACUUUCGGUGUUCCACGAUUUAUUAAAGUUCCUAUAUGGAAUAAUGAUAAAAUAACUGGACACUUGUCUUUGUCAUAUGAAUUUUCUAAAACACCCAUUGUCCAAAAAUAUGAAAAUAACUUUUCUGAAAAUCAAGAAGAAAAUAUAAUUGACAAUAUAGAGAACAAAACCCAACAGAAUGAACAUAUUGAAAUUUCUAAUCCAGUUGAUAUUAUAAAUAAAAAAAAAUUAGAAGAUUAUAAAGAUACCAUUUUAUAUCAGACAAAAGAUCAAAUAUAUAUGUAUAAUAGACUAUAUCCUGAAAGUAUUGAAAAUAAUUUUGAUAAUCAACUACUGUUAAAUGAAUUUCCAAAAAUUGAAUCAACUAAGGCAACAAAAGAAAAAGAAAUUCAAACUAACUUUGAAGUUCGCCAACUAAACAAACCUGUACAAACUCAAAUAAAAACUUUCAAUGUUGCAAUACAAGUAAGUAGUGAUGAAUUAGAAGAUCCUAUGGACAAAUUGGAUUAUUGUGAUGUACAUAACAUAUUUCGAUGCACACAUGAAUUCACAUUUAAUAUUGAAAAAAACUGUGAUUCAAAAUUCAAUUAUGUAACAUAUCAAUUCCCAGAAUGUGUUACUAAUAGCAUUGGAAAAGUGGUUUCCUGUUGUCGAACAUUCAGAACUUUUGGUAACACUAAUAUUCUACAUUUGAUUAUAUUACCUACAACAAUUCCUUUAGAAACUUAUUUUUAUAACUAUUAUAAAAAAGCAGCUAUUGUAUUAAAUCUUCAUAAAAAUAAUGACCAUUCUCCUGAAAAGGUGUCACUUUUAAUAUCUCAUUUAAUUGAUAUGGCAGAUAAAUUUAAAAAUUCACAUAUUGCUAAAAAUUUAAUUUUAAACAAUAAUUUAUCAAUACCUGAAUUAUCUAAUAAUAAUGUCAAAGUGCAAAUACAUUACAAAAGAGUAUACCACUCAUUUCCAUCCCCUCGAUCAAAACUUAAAAACUCGUGUGUUUCGUCAUUAAAAAAAAAUUCAAAAAUUAUUGUUGACUUGACUGAAUCAGAUUCUGAAGAUUCUAUUAAUAAAACAUACACAUUAAUAAAACACAAUAAUAGAUUUAUUGAUCUGACUACUGAAAGCAGCACACAAACAGAUCCAAUACCUGUUAAAAUUUCACACAAUUGCAUAACUCAAACAGAAAAUAAUUUAAAACCAGAAUGUAUAAUUAUUGACGACGACAGUAUUUCAAUUAAAAAUGAAACAGAAAAUAUAAUGAAUACAGAUAUAACUGCUAUUGUUAAAAAACAACCAAAUAGUACAAAUACACAAAUUACACAAGACACAACAAUUGUUGAUGGAAAAUUAGAUAAUAGUGAUAUUUUUAAAGCCAAAAUAACCAUUAUUGAAGGGUAUAAUUUACCGAUGGUUAAAUUAAAUGGUGAUACCAUGCCUUCAGCUCCAACUACAUACGUAAUCAUGGAAGAUUAUUACAAAAGUGAUUUAUCAACAUCAUCUGUUGUACAACAAACAAACCCCAUUUGGAACAGUGAAUGGGUUGUGGUUAUACCUAGGAAUAAUUUUAUAGAAGGAAAAUGGCUAUUAUUAGGGUUGUGGUGUAAGAAGUAUAAAAAUGAAUAUGCAGGACAUGAUCCAAAACGAGACGUAAGACUUGGAUUUAUUUUUAUAGAUUUAUCCGCACUUGAAAAUGAUCUCAAUAAAACUUGUGGGUUGUACGAUGUCAUUAGUGAAACUGAAGAACACCGUGGAAAAAUUAAAGUUGCGAUAGAUCAAUUUAACAAUAUUGAUCCUUGUAUAAAUAAUAAUUUUAUACCUCAACCAAUUAACGAAAGAAAUAUUAUUCAAACCAAAAACAAAGGUAUAAGCCAAAAAUCAAAUGACAGUCUCGUAAAUGAAAUGCUCAAAAAAAUGCAAAUUGAAGAUAAUUUUCUAGCGGAAACAAGAAAUCCCAGUAACUCUGAUGAAGUUAGAGGUGCAAAAUAUGACCAAUGCAUAGAUCUUACUGAGGAUUCCCUCCAGAAGUUCAGCGACACUUUUUUGAAGAAUACAGCUGCUAAAUCCAGUUUAAAUGGUUGCUUUUAUAAAAACGAUAAUGUAUUUGACAAUAUGGGAACUGUAAGUUCUGUUACAUCUUGGACAAGUUCUUCAGAUGACAUAUUAUGUACAAAUAAUUCUCAGAUUGUGAACAAUAUUUUAAAUAACAAAACCAAAAUGAACCGAAUAAAACAAAUUAUUCGAGGUUAAAUAGUUGUAAAGUACUAUUAGCAUAUUUAAGUUUUAUUUUAUUAAAUUAAAUGAAUUAUAAAGUUUCCUAUUAAUAUUAUUAUACUCAAUUUAAUAUUAAUUUGUGAAAUGUUCAAUUUAACUAUUAUGUUACCUAUUGAUGUGUUUAUGAGUGUGUAUUAUUUAAUUUGACAGUGAAAUAUUUGAGUUUUUACUUAAACUAUCAUAAACAAAUGAAAUAUUUUAUUAUUUACUAUAUAAUAAUACUUCCCCAUAUAGAUGUUAAAGCAAACACUUCAAAUAUUAUUGUCAAUUAUAGAACUAAAAUCAAAGACAUUGUUGCAACUUUCUGUCUGUAUCCUCUCCUUAUUUAUAGAAUGUACAUAAUGGUACAAACAAUAACACUGGUAAAACAAUCAAUAUAAAAGAAGGUUAUCUGCUAUAUCUAAAAAAAUGUAGAUACUCAUUUAAGUAACCGGCUUAUUAAAUUAUUAAAUACGUAUCCCAAGAGUUAAUUAUA